CCCACCGGCGCUGAGCCGCAGCAGCAUCAUUUGAGCGAAGCUGAAGGAGGAAAAAAUAGGAGCGGGACACGGACACGCGCGGACACACGGGCAGGUGAGAACCCGCACAGGUUUUCGUCUCCUCCAGUUCUUUGAGGAUUUUCUACUAUUUUAGAGGUUUUUGCAGUCCCCCCCACCCCAAGAAUCCUCCUGUUGUUUAGUGCGUUGGGGUCAGAGGUCACGCCUCCAUGUGGUCUGAUAGAACAUGAAACAACAUGACUUUGAUAGGAGCGAGUCAGGAUUACUGCAGACCUCCUGUGGUGCGCCGUCAUGGUCAGAGGCCAGUCAGAACCAGGUUGUCCUGGGUUUGUCUGAGGACAGACCAGCUGGUUGCCACGACGAUGAGCUGUUGAAUGGUGGAGCAACAGGGAAGAACAAUGGCCCAGAGGAUAGGUGUGCCCACCCGGUUGACAGUGCAGGAUUCUUCUCCUUCAUGACGUUUCAUUGGCUGACUCCUCUGGCACUGAAAGCGCGUAGGAAAGGGCAGUUGCUAUUGGAGGACAUCUGGCCCGUGGCGCCUUUAGAGCGUUGCCAUGACAAUAGUGCAAGGCUCAGAAAACUCUGGGAGGAGGAGCAGAGGUCCAAAGGAACCGAGGCAUCCCUGUGCUCUGUCAUCUGGACCUUCUGCCGGGCCCGUCUUCUCCUGUCCAUCCUCUGCCUCACCGUCACUCAGCUGGCUGGAUUCAGUGGCCCAGCGUUUGUGGUGAAGCGUCUGUUGGAUUACACCCAGCAGGAGGCAUCAGACCUGACCUAUGGGCUUCUGUUGGUUCUUGGGCUCCUGAUCACAGAACUGAUGCGGUCCUGGUCUCUGGCUCUGACCUGGGCCCUGAACUACAGAACCGGGUGCAGACUGAGAGGAGCCAUUCUAAGCAUGGCCUUCGAGAAGGUCCUGCGGCUCCGCAGCGUCAGGGACAAGUCUGUUGGGCAGCUGAUUAACAUGUGCUCCAGUGAUGGUCAGCGGAUGUUUGACGCUGCAGCAGUGGGCAGUCUGCUAGCAGGUGGCCCCCUGCUGGCUGUACUCGGUGUUGCAUACAACCUGUACAUCCUGGGGCCAACAUCGCUGCUGGGAUCUGCCGUCUUCAUCCUCUUCUACCCCACCAUGAUGUUCAGCUCCAGAAUGACGGCCUACUUCAGGAGGAAAGGCGUGGCCGUCACCGACAGGCGAGUGCAGAAGAUGAACGAGAUCCUCAGCUACAUCAAGUUCAUUAAGAUGUACGCCUGGGUGAAAGCCUUCUCACAGGACGUCCAGAGGAUCCGGGACGAGGAGCGCCGGCUGCUGGAGCUCACGGGUUAUUUCCAGAGCAUCACGGUGGGCGUGGCUCCGGUGGUGGUGGUCAUCGCCAGCGUGGUAACGUUCUCCACGCACAUGAUGCUGGGAUACGACCUGACAGCUGCUCAGGCCUUCACUGUGGUGACGGUGUUCAACGCCAUGACCUUUGCCCUGAAAGUGACUCCAUUUUCUGUCAAGUCUCUGUCGGAGGGCUCAGUGGCUGUGGAGAGAUUCAAGAGUCUCUUCCUGUUGCUGGAAGUCGAUGGCGUCCGAGCGAUGCCCAGCGAUCCUAAGGUUGCCGUGGAGAUGUGUAGCGCCUCUUUAGGAUGGGAGGGGGCGGGGCAGAGCGUCCAGGCCAGUCCCUGCGUCCGACCAGCCGGCCGACAUCGACAGAGAGAAAGAUGCAGAGACACGGCUGCCCUCCAGGAGGAAGAGGAGGAGCAAGAAGGGGUGACUGGUUCCUUGUUGGGAGGAGAUGCAGACUCAAGUCCUGAGGAAGAAGAUGGUGAUGAGGAGGAUCCCUGUCCCCCCCUCCUGUCCGUCCCCCGUCCCUCUCAGCGCCCUCAGAGCACCCUGCACUCCAUUACGUUGAACGUCCAGCAGGGACAGCUGCUCGGUGUCUGCGGCUGCGUUGGCAGCGGGAAAACCUCCCUGAUCUCAGCAAUCUUAGGACAGAUGACGGUGCUGGAGGGUAGCGUGGCCGUCAGGGGAAGGAUGGCCUAUGUAGCCCAGCAGGCCUGGAUCCUGAACGCAACGCUGAGAGACAACAUCCUGUUUGGACAGGAGUACCAGGAGGACAGGUACCAGUCUGUCCUCAGUGCCUGCUGUCUCAAACCGGAUCUGGCUCUGCUGCCCAAUGCUGACCUCACAGAGAUCGGAGAGCGUGGAGCCAACCUGAGCGGCGGCCAGCGACAGCGGAUCAGUUUGGCCCGCGCCCUUUACAGCGACCGGGAUGUCUAUAUCCUUGACGACCCCCUGAGCGCUCUGGACGCCCAUGUGGCCAAUCACAUCUUCAGAAACGCCAUCAAGAAGCAGCUUCAUAACAAAACUGUCAUCUUCGUCACUCACCAGCUGCAGUACAUGGUGGACUGUGAUGACAUCAUUCUGAUGAAGGAGGGGAGUAUAGUGGAACAAGGUAACCAUGACGACUUGAUGAAACUGAACGGGGAUUACGCAGCCAUGUUCAACCACUUCCAGCUGGGGGAACCGCCCGUCAUAGAGGUUCCCAGCAGGAAGCAGGGUGGAUCUCAAAGGAAACCAGCUGACAGCAAACCAGGAUCAGUGAAGAAGAACUCGCCGGUCAUCAAAGACAACGGUGAGGAGCAGCAUUACGGGGGCGUGUCCUGGCCUGUGUUCCAGGUCUACAUGGCGGCAUGUGGUGGCUCCGCCCCCUGCCUGCUGAUCCUGGUUCUGUUUGUUCUGAACGUGGGGAGUGCAGCUUUCUGCCACUGGUGGCUCAGCUACUGGAUCAACCAGGGCAGCGGGAACACCACGGUAACCAUGGGCAACAGCUCGGCAACGAGCAUCAGCAUGAAGGACAACCCGAAGAUGUGGCAGUAUGCCACCAUUUAUGCCUCCUCAAUGGGAGUCAUGCUGAUCUUCAAACUCAUCCGAGGAAUCGCCUUCGUCAAGGGAACUCUGAGAGCUUCCUCCAAGCUGCAUGACCAACUCUUUCACAAGAUCCUGCGUUGCCCCAUGAAGUUCUUCGACACGACUCCUUCGGGACAAAUCUUCAAUCGCUUCUCCAAGGACAUGGAUGAAGUGGACACUCGUCUCCCCUUCCAAGCAGAAAUGUUUAUCCAGAACGUGAUCCUGGUUUUCUUCUGCCUGGGUGUCAUCAGCUGUGUUUUCCCAUGGUUCCUGGUGGCUGUUGGUCCGCUGGUCUUGGUCUUUGCUGGUCUCCACAGCGUUUCCAAAGUCUUUAUCCGGGAGCUCAAGCGUUUGGACAAUGUGACGAUGUCCCCCUUCAUGUCCCACAUUGUGUCCAGCAUCCAGGGCCUGACAACUCUUCAGGCGUACGACAGAGGACAGGAUUUCCUCCACAGGUACCAGUUUUUACUAGACCAGAACCAGGCUCCGUUCUACCUGUUCAGCUGCGCCAUGCGCUGGUUGGCGGUCCGUCUGGAUAUCAUCAGCGUGUCUCUGAUCAGCAUGACGGCCUUGAUGAUGGUGGUGAUGCAUGGACAGAUAUCUCCUGCCUACGCUGGUCUUGCCAUCUCCUACGCCGUCCAGUUAACAGGACUCUUCCAGUUCACGGUGCGGCUGGCCUCUGAGACCGAAGCUCGCUUCACCUCCGUGGAGAGAAUCCAUCACUACAUCCAGUCUCUGUCCCAGGAGGCCCCAGCCAGGGUUAAAGGUCGAGCUCCUCCACCUGACUGGCCCCAGCAGGGGGAGCUGGUGUUCAGGGAUGUGGAGAUGAGGUACCAGGAGAACCUCCCUCUGGUUCUGAACAAGAUCUCCUGCUCCAUCAGACCAAAGGAAAAGGUCGGCAUCAUCGGGAGAACGGGUUCAGGGAAGUCGUCUCUGGGCGUGGUCUUGUUCCGGCUCGUGGAGCGCUGUGGCGGCUCCGUCCUGAUCGAUGGCGUCGACAUCAGUGACAUUGGACUGGCUGAUCUGCGCAGCAAACUGUCCAUCAUCCCACAGGACCCAGUUCUGUUCAGCGGGACGGUCAGGUCCAACCUGGAUCCCUUCAACCAGUACAGCGAAGAGAAGAUCUGGGAUGCUCUGCAGAGGAGUCACAUGAAGGAGUCGGUGUCUCAGCUUCCUCAGAAGUUGGAGUCGGAGGUGGUGGAGAACGGGGAGAACUUCUCUGUGGGAGAAAGACAGCUGCUGUGUGUGGCCAGAGCUCUGCUGAGGCAGUGCAAGGUGCUGAUUCUGGAUGAGGCAACAGCAGCGAUGGAUGCAGAGACGGACGCCCUGAUCCAGGAGACCAUCAGGAGCUCGUUUCAGGACUGCACCACCCUGACCAUCGCUCAUCGCCUCCACACAGUCCUGUCAUCCGACCGCAUCAUGGUGCUGAGCCAGGGACAGGUGGUGGAAUUUGAUGAGCCAGCCCGGCUGCUGGCCAAUGAGAACUCUCGACUUUGUUCAAUGCUGGCGGCUGCAGAGAGCAAAGUGUCUGUGCGGGGAUGAGAAGGGGAGGAAGAAGAGUCGUCUCUCUGCUGUUUGGUCGUUCCUGUGAGCUGAUCUUAGAGCUGCUUGUUUUUAAUCUUUAUUUAUUUUUGAUCAUCUGGACUGGGUUCCAGGCUGCAUGUGGAGGUGGGCGGGAUCAAAACCUGUGGUUUUCCGUUUCUAUAAAGCAAUAUCUGAUGACCUGAAGGUGUUAAUUUAAUCUUGUUGGUUUUAAUGUUGUUUAGAUAAAACGUGAAUCAGCUGCUCAGUUUCUGACCAAACAGAUCAGAGCAUGAUGUCAUCGUCUUUGUUCUCAGCAUCGGAUGAAUCAUAAUCGGCCCGAUGCGGUUUAAUGUGGAAUGUAGAGAGCUUUCAUUAACAGUAAAACUACUGAGGUGUAGGACCUCUUUGCCUUUAAAGAACCUUUGCCUUUCAGGAGGCAUAUGGUGGAUGCUGCCCCCCACAGGAAAAGUGAAGUAACUGCGCAGGAAUCUGGCAGUGAUUACCAGAAUUCAGUGUGCAGUUUCUGCUGCGUACCUGCAGGUGGCAGCAUGCACGGAGUCUCCACCUGUACAGAAACUGUAAAUGGGCCGCUCUGUGUUGACCUGAACAUUUGUGUUGUGUGAAGUGGAGCAACGAGGCAGUUGUGCUGCUGCUCCUAGUUUUUUGCACUUUCUGACCUCAUGAACUCAUCGCUGAACUGCAAACAGACGCAGCUCAUUAAAACAACCUGCAAGCAGUUCUCUUUAAGCUUGAGCCUGCAUGGUGAUCCAUCCCAGCCGGAGGACUGAUUCAGCUUGGAUCUGCAGGAGGGAGCACCAACGAUGGAGGACUGAUCCUGGUCAUCAACAGAGACCGAUGUGAUGUUUUCAUUCAGAAUCUUUUUGUGAUAGAACAGCCUUGUAAAAACAAAAGUCUCCGUCGUGGUGUCUGUAUUUUUAUAAGAGGCUUCCAGCAUGAUAAAUAAAACCAGUAAAACCAUU